AUGAAAAUUGCCAUCACUGGAGCACGAGGAACUGUCGGUAGAUUGGUAGUCAAGAUCUGCUCUGAAGCAGGUCACCAGACUGUCCAAAUAAAUCGAACAGAUCAGGAAUAUGACGGUACCAAGAACUCCGAAAUGAGAACAGCAGAUGCAGCAAACAGCUAUGACGAUACUCUCAAAGCGUUCAUGGGAUGUGAUGCUGUAAUUCACCUUGCCGCGAUCCCGAAUCCAGUUGAUAUAGAAGACUGGAAAGUCCACAGCAACAAUGUCAAUUCUGCAUUCAAUGGUUUUCGUGCCGCAGCCGACCUUGGUAUCAAGCGAUUUUGUUAUGCAUCAUCUGUUAAUGCAAUCGGAUUAGCAUACGCAAAUCAGCCAUUGUCUUUCGACUACUUCCCUAUCGAUGAAGACUAUCCUCACAAGCCAACGGAUGCCUAUGCUUUAGCGAAGCAAGAAUCAGAAGUUCAAGCCAGAGCACUUGUGAACUGGUUCCCUGGAAUGAACAUUGCGUGUUUGCGCAUCCACGAAGUUGCUCCUCUCAAGGAUGUUCAGAAAGAGCAUCAAGAAAACUGGGAUAAAGCAGCUGUCAUGCAACUUUGGGGUUGGGUGAAUCCUGAAGCUACUGCGAGAGCUUGUUUGUUGGCUGUUGAGACGGAUAAAGUCAAGGGAUGUGAGAUUUUCAAUAUCAUUGCACCUACGAUGACGCAAGAGACGAGUUCGCAAGAGUUGGCAAAGAAAUACUUCCCGAAGGCGGAGAUCAGGAGAGAUAUGAGCAAGAAUCAGGCAUUUUGGACGACUGACAAGGCAAAAAGGUUGCUAGGGUGGACUCAUGACGAGAAGCAGUAA